UCUGUGUGUGUGUGGCAGCACCUGGUAGGCCGGCUGAUUGGGAAACAGGGCAGGUAUGUGAGCUUCCUGAAGGAGACUUCUGGAGCCAAGGUGUUCAUCAGCACACUGCCCUUCACCCAGGAGGUCCAGAUCUGCCACAUCGAAGGGACCAAGGAGCAGGUAGAUUUGGCUCUGGACAUUAUCAGGAUGAAGUUUAAAGAUCUGGAACUGAGCAACUGCUACGCCCCGCCUCCCGCCCCCAGCCUGCCCGCUCUUCCAAUCACAUCCUGGCUGUUGCUGCCUCAGAGGGUGACGGUGGAGGUGAGGGUGGCCCAGGUGGCUUCUGGGAACUACCUGUUCCUGCAGCAGCACACACACCCCACCUUCCACGCCCUGCGCAGCCUGGACCAGCAGAUGAGGCUGUGCUAUGCCCACCCCAGCUGCCCUGCUCUCCCCGCCCCAGUGGAAGUGGGGGUGAUCUGUGCGGGCCAGAUGCCGGAGGGUGCGUGGUGGAGGGCCCAGGUGAUGCGAUACCACCAGGACAGCAGGGAGGUGGAGGUCCGCUACGUCGACUACGGAGGGUACGACACGGUCCGGAUCGAAAGCCUGCGCCAGAUCAGGUCUGACUUUGUGUCCCUACCUUUCCAAGGGUCAGAGGUCAUCUUGGAUAAUCUAGCUUGUCUUCCAGAAGAGGAGGAGUUUUCAGCGUCAGCGAAGGCAGCGCUGGAGGAGCUGACGCAAGGAGCAUCGUUACUCGCACAGGUCACAGAUUUCCACACGAGUGGAAUUCCUUUGGUGCAGCUCUGGAGGAAGGAGGGGAGUGAGGUGGUGUCUGUGAACCAGGCGCUGGUGGAGAGAGGGUUCUGCAGCUGGAUCAACGCCCCCUGACCGGGCCUAGCGCCCCCUGACCGGGCCUAGCGCCCCCUGACCGGGCAGGCACCUCCUGGCAUUACAUCUUCUCAGGACACAGUCUUCCCCCAAACCUCCACUUGUAUUCCUGACAACGGAAAGGGCCCUAUUUUUGUUAUCUUAUUUUUACUUUAACCCUCUGUUAGUGGUCAUUUGUUUCGGUUAAAACAAUUAUGAAUAUUUGGGUUCUGUGUAUAUUUAUUAAUGAUCAUAAAGUCUGUCCUUGUCUGUGGUAUUUCUAAGUUGAAAGGUGCCCUAAACAGUUGGUGCACUAGAGGGAGCCCAACGACAAGUAUUUGCUUUUAUGUUGUUGAGGAAACAGUCUGUUGUUCUGAUGAGAGAAGUCGGUUGCUGUAUUAUCUGUCCGUAGAUUACUAUGUGGGGAUUACAAACAUCGGAAUGUGUCCGUUGUGUCUAGAUUGCUCCAUGUCAUUUAAAAUCUUAACGACAAAAUGUCCCCUCAUGGUAGAAUGCACCCUUCUGUGCUGUGGUUGAUUAGGUCACAGGUCCUAUCAGCAAAAGACAAGUCUAGAUACGUCAUAUUGUUUUGAAAAAGUACCGGAACUGAGGAAUCAUGAGCUUGUUGUUGUCUAAAGAAUUAUACGAUUUGUAGAUGAUGUUGUUGUUUCAGUUUAUCAACGCUACAGUACAAGAUGUUCUGAACUAACUGCAAUAAACUGAAGGGAUUGUGUGACAGAUAAUUGUACCUUGCCUUACGUAUCCCUCCAUCGUGUCCAUGAUCAACACAUGCCUGUCUUGUCUAGGACUGUCUCCUGUCUGCAUUGUUCCAUCUGGCCUUUUGGCUCGGUUUCAUCCUGAAUCAAGCCGAGUUUCAUGUAGGCCUAUGUGAGAAUUUGUGAUGUACAAAAUAGAAAUAAAUCUGGAUUCAACUUUCA